AUGUCGAUUUUUCACGACGAAGUUGAGAUCGAAGAUUUUGAGUACGACGAGGACACCGAAACGUAUUACUUUCCGUGUCCCUGCGGAGACAAAUUCGCCAUAAGCAAAGAGGAGCUGGAAAACGGUGAGGACGUGGCCACGUGCCCGAGCUGCUCGCUCAUUGUUAAAGUCAUCUAUGACAAGGAGAAUUUCAUGUCUGGUGAAAUCAUUGAGGCCCCAUCAGAGAGCAAAGUGGCGCUUGUUCCCACCUGA